AUGGAACAGCAAGUAGCCAAGAAGCGAAUAUUAUGGAUGGAACAGCAAGUAGCCAAGAAGCGAGUAAAGCGAGAUUACAGGCAACGAUCGCGACGGGUUCGAGGGAUGAGUGAGAAUGACAUCACCUUCGGCGAGGAUGAAACCCUCGUGAGUAAGUCGAGGAACAGAAAACAACCGGAUCCAAAUGACCCGCUCUGGACUGAUAUGUGGUACUUGGUGAGUCGCGGUGUAGUCGUGACAAUCCUCGAUGAUGGCCUAGAACGAACACAUCCGGAUAUAGCGCCCAACUAUGAUGCACGCGCUUCUUACGAUGUCAACGAUCGCGACGAUGAUCCUAUGCCACGAUAUGAGUAUUCGGAUGAGAAUAGACAUGGUACCAGAUGUGCUGGCGAAGUCGCGGCCAUCUUCAAUAACAGCUUGUGUAUCGUAGGAAUCGCCUACAAUGCCAGAAUUGGAGGCAUCCGAAUGCUCGAUGGUGAUGUGACAGAUGCUGUAGAGGCGGCAUCUUUAGGCCAUAACUCGGAUUAUGUAGACAUAUAUAGCGCCUCUUGGGGCCCAGAUGACGAUGGUCGCACCGUGGAUGGGCCAGCAAAGCUCACCCGAGCUGCUUUUGAAAGAGGAAUCCGAGAGGGACGUCGAGGCAAAGGAUCUGUUUUUGUUUGGGCUUCCGGCAAUGGAGGAAAGGAUGCCGAUUCGUGUAAUUGCGAUGGAUAUACAAACAGCAUCUAUACUCUAUCGAUCUCUGCUGCCACUGAAAAUGGGAACAUCCCUUGGUAUUCCGAGGCAUGCAGCAGUACAUUAGCAAGCACAUACUCAAGUGGUGCAACGGGAGAGAAGAUGAUUGUCACCACUGAUUUGCACCAUGCUUGCACCAAUACCCAUACUGGCACCUCAGCUAGUGCUCCUUUGGCCGCGGGUAUUGUUGCGCUAACGCUCGAAGCCAAUCCUGACCUCACUUGGAGAGAUUUGCAGCAUAUCGUAAUCCGCGCGGCAAAACCUAUCAAUCUUCGUGCUGGUGAUUGGGUAACCAAUGGUGUAGGACGAAAUGUUUCCCAUUCAUUUGGUUACGGUCUAAUGGAUGCGGGAGCAAUGGUGCAAUUGGCCCGGAAUUGGACAACUGCUCCUGAACAGCACAAAUGUCGACAAUUUUACCCAAGCAGAUUCAAGACUAUACCACAUGGUAAUCGGCUACAACUACAGUUGUAUACGGAUGGAUGUGCUGGAUCUCCCGAUGAACAGGUCGUCUAUCUGGAGCAUGUACAGGCUAUCAUAACGCUGAAAGCACCAAAAAGAGGCGACAUCCAGAUCUACCUCACCAGUCCGUCGGGUACAAGAUCUACACUUUUGACGAAACGAGCACGGGACACGAGUCGAGCUGGCUUCAUUGAAUGGGCCUUUAUGACUACCCAUAGCUGGGGCGAACUCGCUGCUGGUCUAUGGACCCUUGAGGUCGACAAUGAUGGAUGGGAUGAUGCGGAACUCGUAAAAUGGGAUCUGGUAAUGUUUGGUACGGUAGACGAGACGACACAAUAUGGUGGAGGGCACAAUUCUGCCCUUACAGCUCGAUCCUUAGCCCAUAUCGAAGAAGUACGCAAAACUGCACCACCAUCUACCCUCUGGCAGCUUGUAGCCUCGCUU